AUGACCAGCGGUUGGGAUUUCCUACGUGCUACACAACGCAAAAAGAAUACCAUUGGCAUCAAUGAUCUUCCUCCUGAUGUCCUUGGGGAAAUAUUCAUCCUCUGUGCUUUCGAGGAUGAAUUAUGGCCAUUCUUUGCGUUCGUUCCGGACUGGAUGGAUCGUGCGCCAAUAAAGUUGACUUACGUCUGUCGACUUUGGCGGUUCAUCUGCCUUUCGCUACCUACUCUGUGGGUGGUUACACCUUUCACGGUGCUUCCGCAUCCCUCUUGCACCAGUCUCUUGGGGAGGUACCUGGAUAGAUCAGGGAAAACGGGGCUGCAACUUGACAUCUCCGACUCAUCCAUGUCGAAAGCUAUUUUGCCGAUUGUGCUCCCUCAAUCUUAUCGCUGGAAAGCAGUAAUCCUUCCGGCAGAGGGCCCCUCUAUGGAAGAAUUUCUGUCCCUUCCACCCGAUUCUACGCCUUCCCUGGCUGCGAUCGCCGUCCGCACGACCUACCCGACAGUCACACAGACAACCCUAUCCUUAUUCACCUCCAAAAUCAACGACAUAUCUUCCCUCCGACAAAUCUCCCUCCACCUCAUUGACCACCCUGCCCCCCACAUAAAUCCGAACGUUCUUGAUUUGGACCCGAUCCCCUUCGAACGGAUGACACACGUCAAAUUAUGCGUGAAAAAUCUCAGCUCCAGAGAAGCAACCGACAUCCUCCAGCGAUGUACUUCAGCGGUGCAUGUAUCCAUCAUGAUGGUUCUCGAUCCCCCCGGCGUACAACCACCCGACCCCAAUUCAACACCACGGAUCGAACUUCCACAUCUGAAAUCGCUCACGGUUCAGUCCUCAACCGCGGUUGGUUCAAUACUAGGCCACUUCUCGUGCCCUUCUCUUCGCCGGCUCUAUAUCCGUGAUUUAAAGCCCUUUACGCCCUCCGACUAUGAUGAAGACGAACUCAACUUGACGAGUUUUCUGGACGGAACGAGCCUCGAGCAACUAAUUAUCUGCACCGGGCUACGACGUGUAACCUGGGAGUGGGCUUUGCGUUACGCUCGCCUUUGCCGUGAGCAGGUCGCCAAUCUCGAAAUUCGAGUAGUCCGUCCCCUGGGUCCGCGGGUCGAAUUGUUUUGCAGCGAACAGUACCGAUGUCCUGCCGCCAAAUGCGAACUGCCGCACGUGGGAUGGAGCUCGCGAAAAGGAGAGCACUUGGGGGCUCCCUUGCGAGUUACAGAAUGGGAAGAGCCGUUUUGGACUGUGUUCGAUCCACACGAGUCCCUGCAGUGGGAUGACUGGGGAACUCGAGCUUAG